AUGGGUUCUUCUAAUGAGGACUGCUUUCAGUGUAAAAUCCUCAGUCAAAUUCUUCAGGAAACCAUGGAGAGUGUAAAAGCGUUGAAUUGCCGGGUGGCUGAUCUCAAGACCCAAUUACUCACUCUUCAAAGUCAAAUCCAUCAAGACGUCAUGAGCGUGGAAUACGAUAUUGGAAGUCUUAGAGCAGAAUUGGAUAAGAAGAAUGUUGAAAAUGAGGACCUCAGAACUCAACUACAGGAAGUCCUAACGAGAAAUGGGUGGUACGGUGAAUGCAAUCACAGUUGUUCAAAGCAUCCCCGAUCAUAUCCCCACCUGUCGGUACACGGGCAUCAAGGUGAGGUAAUUGCAGAGGGGGAUCCGUGUCCUCCAUGCGAUAUCUGCACAGAGGCUGAGGCUUGGGCCCAAGGCCUAAUGGACACAGCUCCAAAGUUUUCAGAUAGUCUACGUAAGAACUUCCAAUCUACUCUACCCCUCCGUUUGCGCCCCCCUCUAUAUCAGGUUUCUUCAUCCACUCCAUUCUCUACAAUGAAGAAGAGUGCAAGUGAUUCACCCAAAGGUAAGAGAGGUGAACCAUCCGUGAUGGAAUUGGCUUAUAAGCCAAGAUAA